AUGGGUUGGACAUUUGGGUCGCGGUGGGGAGGGGUGUGGUGGCGCCAAAUCCGGCUGCAAAUAGAUUCGUCGUACGCGUCGCCUUUUAACGUGGAGGAGUUCGAGGUGGAGUGGCGACCGGAGGCAGAACCCCCCCUGGAGUGGACCAGCGUGGGGAGAAGCGACCUGACGGCUCGCACUGUGGCCCGGCUAAAACCCGACACGCCAUACCAGUUCCGAGUCCGGGCCUGGAACCACCGGGGCUGUAGCGGGUGGACGGCCCCGGUCUCCAGUAGGACAAAGUUGGACCCCACAGUAGCCGACGGCGGGGGGUACGGCCCUGGCGGCCCGGACAAGUCGUACAGCUGGUCGCAGACGGCGUCGGAGGUGUGCGUGCAUAUCAAGUUGCCACUGGGUUCGACCAAGAAGGACGUGAGUUUGGUUCUAAAGUCCGACUCUAUAAUGGUCAUCUUCCGGGGGGAGGUACGGCUUGAGGGGGAGCUGUUCGGCACCGUACGGGGCCUUGGCAAUGGCUCCACGUGGUAUGUCGAGAGAGAGCGGGAUCACAUGGUGCUGGUCGUGUCCAUGGAGAAACAAGUCAAGUCGUUGGCACCAAAGUUCGACUACUGGCGUUCGCUCGUGCUUGGACAUCCAGAAAUCGAUACUCAUCAAAUUGUCUCAGAUGGGCAGGCCACGCGCAUGCUGGAUCCUGGGCAACUGGACCCAUACCAGCUGCAAAACAUGGGUUUGGGGCAUUUGAGUGGCGGCGCGCCCCGUUCCAUGUAA